UCAACUGGCAGUGCUUCUGCAUUUUUUCCCCUCAUGUGGUCAGAAAACUUCUUCUUCCUCUGAUGUAACAUCUACAUAUACCUUUCUGACAACUCUUCACAUGCACUGGGAUUUUUCAGCAAGUUGAAACACACUCAGUGUGUGAUGAUGUGUCAUUAAAGCCCCUUUCUUCACGCAAGUUAAGGUACAGGAAGUAUAGGAAGAACAUGCCUGAAGCCAAGUUAAAACUGCAGCACCUGAAGUAUAAAAACCGGCUCAUCAGGUGGGCGCAGCUGUUGCUUCUUUCAGUCCACACACCUCCAGCAUCUGCUUACAAGAAUGAAGGUGAUCCUCGACGUGGACACUGGGGUGGACGAUGCCCAGGCCAUUCUUGUGGCACUCUCCAGACCUGAUGUGGAGAUUUUAGGGAUCACUUGCUGCCAUGGCAAUACGCCCCUGUCCAACGUCCUGAAGAACACCCUGCGGGUCCUGAAAGUCUGCAAUCGGCUGGAUAUUCCAGUACACCGAGGUUGCCCGGGGCCUCUACUGGCUGAGAAGCAAAGUGCAAGCGACUACCACGGCAAAGACGGACUGGGUGAUGUGCAUGACCCGGAUCCUCCAAACAUGGACAUCUUGCAGAAGAGAAAAGGUCCUCGAGCCAUUGUGAAGUUGGUGAGGCAGAACCCUGGUGAGGUGACUCUGGUGGCCACUGCUCCGCUGACCAAUGUGGCUCUCGCAGUCCAGCUGGACCCGACCCUGCCAUCUAAACUCAAGGCCCUUUACAUCAUGGGCGGAAACAUUGAAUCCCGGGGAAACACCAGUGUGUGUGGAGAGUACAACUUCUACACUGACCCUGAGGCAGCAUACAUCGUGCUCGACCGCUACACAUGCCCCACCUACAUCUUCUCCUGGGAGUUCACCUGCAGGAACAGCCUGCCCUGGUCUUUCAUUGACACCUGGCUGGCUGUCAAUUCUGAGAAAGCAUCCUUCAUGAAAAGUAUCUGGAACCUUUCAAUGAAGAAAUCUCGAUCAGCUGACUAUCAAAAGGAGAUAACAGCGGGGAAAGGGUUCAACUCCUGUGACACAUACGCUGUGGCUGCUGCCAUCGAUGGAAGCAUCAUAACCGAGAAGGAAGAGGUGGCCGUGUCAGUGGAGCUGAAUGGAGGUCACACUCGCGGCAUGAUGGUGCUGGACUACAUGGACCUGCUCAAGAAGAAACACAAGGCUGUCAUCGUAAAGAAAGUUGACCUGGAAAAGUUCAAGGCCAUGUUGACUGAUUCGCUAAAGUAA